AGUCUGAUGACAGGUGCUCUGACUGAAGGUCAUUGCUGUUCUCAAAAAGAAUUUUCCCAGUCCUGGCCUCAGAACUUCACUGUAAGCUCUUUAAAUCACUUUAAGAAGUGAACAGAAUUUGCAACUGUAGGUGAAAAGCUGUUGGUAGAAGAUUUGGGCUGAAAGAGGAAACGGCUUAAACAACAAAACUAGCAGAGAGAUCUGAUGGAAUGUACGAAGCUUCCUCAUUUGCUUCCUUGUUAUUAAAGAAUAAAAACUGUUGCUAUGGAGAAAGAAAAACUGGAAGAGGUACAACGACACCAUCGUGGGAGAUCAGCCAAUGGUAUCCAGAAAGAUAGUCCUCCACAGGCAAUAUCAAGCCUGGACUUGAUCUCUGAUGAUGAUUCUGAGACAUCUGACAGUAUAACUGAGAAAGAACCAAAGACACAUUACAUUCCUAUUCGAAGAAAUUCCAUAUAUUAUCGUUCUAUCAGACGUCGAAACAAAAAGAAAGCAAGGAGUAGUAAAGAAGUUCAAACAGAACAUUUUGAAGGCUCACUCAAAAAUGGUAAUACCGAACAUGAGCUUCUGAACAAAGAGGAACUGUUGCAUAUAUUUCACAAGAGUCUGUCUCUACACAUAAAACCGAAUAUGACAGCCACAGAAGAACAAUGGUUUCAAAGGCUGCUCCCUUCCUACCCCGGUUACCGUGGCAACCGCCCGGAUUUCCCCGGUCCCGCGUCUGCUGCGGAAUCGCUCGGCAGCAGCAGCAGCAGCACCCACCGCCGCCGCCUGCUGCCGGAAUCGCUCCUGCUGCCGUUGCCGCCGCCGUCCUCACCGCCUCGCAUGGAGCUGCUGGCUGCCGCGCUCAGCGCCGCCUGCGCCUUGGACCACGAAGGAUCCGCUGAGAGCCUGGCCGCAGGCCGCCCGGCUGGCAGCGAAUCUCCUUCCAUGGCGGGGCCAACUUCUUUUCCGGAGGAGACCCCUGAGCAGACUGACUGCCCGGCUGCUUUCCCCGAAGCGCUGCAAAUGAUUCACCCCAUGACCGCAGACUCUUGGAAGAACUUCAUUGAGGAAAUAGGUCUGUUGUAUCAAGAAUAUCGGGAUAAAUCCACGCGUCAUGAGAUUGAAACCAGGCGGCUGCAGGAUUCCCAGACAGACACUGAAGAAGGCUCAACUACUGAAGAGUCACCAACAGAAACUGAAACUGCAAAUGUGUUAGAAAACAAAACUGUCCCCCAAAUUAACUUGCUCAGGAAUUCUACAUCAAGGUUCAAUUUAUGGCAAGAUCUUCCAGAAAUCAGAAGCAGUGGUGUUCUGAAUAUUCUCCAGCCAGAUGAAAUCAAGCUUCAAGAGGCUAUGUUUGAACUGGUCACUUCAGAAGCUUCAUACUACAAAAGUUUGAAUUUAUUAAUAUGUCAUUUCAUGGAAAAUGAUCGACUGAAAAAGAUUUUGCAUCCUUCAGAGGCUCACAUCCUCUUCUCCAAUGUUCUGGAUGUCAUGGCAGUCAGUGAACGAUUUCUCUUAGAUCUUGAAAAACGAGUAGAAGAGAACAUUGUAAUCUCUGAUGUCUGUGACAUUGUCCAUCAGCAUACCGUUAACCACUUCUCAGUAUAUGUCACUUAUGUGUCGAACCAGACCUACCAGGAAAGAGCUUACAAGCAAAUUCUCCAAGACAAGCCAGCUUUCCGGGAGGUGGUCUUACAAUUGGAACUGGAUCCAAAAUGCAAAGGCCUGCCUUUCUCAUCUUUCUUGAUUUUGCCUUUUCAAAGAAUCACUAGGCUGAAGCUGCUGGUACAGAAUAUCCUGAAGAAAGUGGAAGAAAAAUCUGAACGUGAAAUCACUGCUCUUGAGGCUCACAAGGAACUGGAAAUAAUAGUGAAGGCAUGUAAUGAAGGUGUUAGAAAGAUGAGCCGCACAGAGCAGAUGAUCAGUAUCCAGAAGAAAUUGGAAUUUAAGAUCAAGUCUGUGCCCAUCAUCUCUCAUUCCCGCUGGCUACUAAAGCAGGGAGAACUCCAGCAGAUGAAUGGCCCUAAAACAUCCCGUACACUACGUACAAAGAAACUCUUUAGAGAAAUCUACUUGUUCCUUUUCAACGACUUACUAGUACUGUGCAGACAAAUUAAUGGUGACAAGUACCAAGUCUUUGAUUCUGCUCCCCGAGGCCUUCUUCGAGUGGAAGAGUUGGAGGACCAAGGACAGAGCUUAGCCAAUGUAUUUAUUCUGAGGCUGCUAGAAAAUGCAGAUGACCGUGAAGUCAGCUAUAUGUUGAAGGCGUUAUCCCAAAGUGAAAUGAAACGCUGGAUGAUUUUGCUGGCCCCAAAUCGACGAACAAAGUUUGUUUCCUUCACAUCCAGGCUUAUGGAUUGCCCUCAAGUACAAUGUGUCCAUCCUUACGUGGCCCAGCAACCAGAUGAGCUUUCAUUGGAAUUGGCUGAUGUUCUCAACAUUCUGGAAAAGACAGAUGACGGCUGGAUAUUCGGGGAACGUUUGCAUGAUCAAGAAAGAGGUUGGUUCCCCAGUUCUAUGGGUGAAGAGAUUAUGAAUCCCAAGAUUCGAUCUCAAAAUUUAAAGGAAUGUUUCCGAGUGCACAAAACUGAUGACAGUCAGAGGAGGAAGAUGGGCAGCAGGAAUAGACAAUGAUCAUUGCUUAGCCGUCUGUUUUUCAGAAGCUAUUUAUGCCAGAGGCCGAGACAAUGAAAUGUAGUACUUGAGAGAAUGCACAUGAAUCAUCUUUUGGCAAGCAAAUCCUUUCACCUAUGAACUGUUGGGCUUCCUUGCAUUCUCAUUACCAGUUGGAUUGUCUUUCUGAAGACAGACUGAAAAGAAGAGAGGCUGUCAUUCACCUGUACAGAUGUAGAAGCUGUAAAUGUCUUUCCUAUUGUACUGCAUACUCUGAAGAUUGUAAAUUUAUUAACUCUGCAUGAUGAAGAAACUAAUCACUUGAGCAACUGGGAAAAUUAUGUCAUGGUCCAUAAAUCCAGCAACUUGGUUCUUUAGCAUCUUAUCCAAUGGUACAAAAAAGUGCAGCAUUUGAUUUUAUGGAAAGAUAAUGAAGUUAUGGACAAUACUACAUUGAAAGUUUAUACUAUAAAUGGUCAGCUUCCAUAUUUCUAUACUCAGGAAGUUUCUCCUAAGAACUGAGUUUGAACUGCUCAUGUGAUAAACUAGUUUCUUCUUGUGUUUUGGAAGAAAGGUGGAGGUAACAAAAAGAUUAGAAAGUGCAAUGUUAUGUAGUUAAAAUGCACCACAAUAUUUAUUUACGUGGGUGUCUUGGUUAUGAACUUCAAAGUUCUAGAAGGUAAGAUUGAAGCAUGCAAAGUAGAUUUUCUAAAAUAAGAAUCAGUUGGUUGCAAUUGAGAACUCAGAUUAUCAUCCUAUUUUAUUGACCUGUGUAAUCUACACUUCUCAAAAUGACAAACCACAUUAUGCAGGGACAAUACUGAAUCAAUUGUUCUGUUUUAUAAGAACCAUUACUCCCUGUCUAAGCAAUCACUAACUGCACUUACUUAUCCAAACAUAGUUAUCUCAUACAUUUACCACUGGUAACCAGACAGAGUAUAGCUUUGUUUGGAUUUAGUGCCAGAAUGGGGACUAUAUUAAAGUUGGCGUCACCAAUCUCUGGGCCGCAGCUCAGUACGGGCCGUGGAUUAUUUGGAAUUGGGCCAUGUGAGUGGCUUGCCAGAACACAAGUGGCAUGCUGGCAGGCAAUUGCACACGUGUGCCGGCCCACUGCUUGUGCAAGUCAAGCUGUACCCAUGCAUGUUAGCCCACCACUUGCACAAGGGCUGCAUGUGUGUGUGCACCGGCCCGCCGCUCACACGGCUCAGUUCCCCCCCCCAACCAAGCUGCCAAGCCACAAAGAUUGGGGACCAUUCUAUUACAAGGUUUGUCCUAAGCAAAUCCUGCACUAAACUGCAUAGGAGAAUGCAAUAUUUGAGAAAAUAUCCCUUGAAGAGAUUUUUCUGCUUGAAUCUCUUGCAUACACUGAAGCAUUUGCAUAUGUUGAAAAAAGUAAAAGAAAAGCAGAGAACAUGUUUUCACAGCCAAAUAAGCUAUUCAUAACAUUCCAGAUGGAUGCUACAUCUAGGAAGCAUCGGUAACUCAGAGUCAGAACAAUAAAGUUCUGUCUUUUGCUCCUUUGCUCUGCGAUUGUGCACCAAUAACAGCCAAUGCCCAUGCAAAGAAAUUCAGUGGACCUGAGGCAAAAGGUGGAUGUUUGUAUUAAAUGUCUCCAAAGUUGUAUCAAAGUAAUAGAAAUGUGUUUUUACUCAUUUGUUGUGCACCCUUAGCAAAGUGCAUGAAGUCUGUACUUUUAAACUUGCGUACAGGAAAGCCUUGAGCCAAAAGAAUAAGAAAUGUCUGCUCAUUUAAUACAGAACCAUAAACAGCAUCAAGAUCCUUUUAAUUUUGGAAAAACCCCAUGGUCAGCUAUGGGCCUGAGCUUAAUAGAUUAAAAGGUUGUAAAGCAUUUUGCAUAUUAAAAAUGUCACAGAAGCCAUCAUCAAGAAGCAUUUAUUUAUAUACUCCUAAAAUAAAUUAUUAAAUGUCCUUUCUGCAAGGCACAAAUAUAACAAAGUGUUAAUUUGCCCCAAAAUGAGAGUGUUUUGAAGAGAUGAAACUGUUGCAUAAUAUGAAAGGCCAUUGGUCUAAAUGAUCCUGUUCUAUCAUUAUCAGUAACACUGAUUUCCAGAAGUAGUAAGACUUUUCAGCUUGAAAGGGCAGAGCGUGAAUAUGUGAGAACUUUUGUAAUCAUUAUAUUAGGAAAAAACCUCACUCACUCAUAUGUUACUAGCCAAUGUAGUUGUGACCAGUAUUAUUAAAAUAUGAUCCUAGUAUUUCAUUGCUAACAAAAUUAGAGUUUUCCAAAUUGCUUUAAGAUAUUGUUUUUCUUGAGCUAUACUGAUACAUGCCUAAAAAUACCAAAGUGGCUGAGUUUUGAAGGGAAAGCGUCCAUUCCCAUCUCACAAUGUUAAUCUAAUACCAAUCAUGUUUUGCUUGUGCCAUUGCUGUGCCUUUGAGUAAUUUACUUGCAAAAUAAUAAAGGAGAUAAGAUUGUAUAAAAACAUGAAAAUAUCACUUAAAAAUUGUAGCAAUGUACAAAUCAGUUCCUAUAAUAAGUUGAGCAAGUGUGUCUUUAUAAAAGGAUGACCUGGUAAUGUUAGCUGAACUUUAUGGAAGUUUAGCCCUACAGACAUUCGUAGGGGUCAGGUUUGGGAAAAAUCCUGUAGCAAUAGAAGUAAGCCAUCUUUCAAAGAAUCUCUUGUUAUAUAUUAAUAAAUAUGAAAUAUAAUCAAUAUCUGUGAUACAUUAAUAUUUUAGAGAAGGAAUGAGGAACCUAUGAUUCUGAACCUAUGUUCAGCUAUAAAUCCCAGAAUCCAUGACAAUUCUUCAGGCUGGCUGGAACUGGGGAAAAUUUGGAGCCCAACAAUUGCAAUUCAAGUCAACAUAUUUUAAGAACAAUUUAAGACUCUGAGAAGCUAUUCCAAUAUCUAAGCAAGCAUAGAUAAACCCUGUCAGAGAAAGCUCUCUGUAAAUGGAAAGAAGAGCUCACUUUAGGUUAGAUGAUGUGAUACAGUAUACAGUUUGAGGGUUUCAGCCAAAUCUACCACUGGAAAGUUUCAAUCUCCUUUUUAAAUCUACCAAACAUAUAUAAUAGAACUGUGCAAAAGCUUAUCUUAAGUGGCUGCAUGGCUCAUAGAAAUGGCCAGUGUGGUUCUAACCUCACAAGCCAGUAAGCAAGCAAGCACCCCCUUGACACAACUAAGCCUGGGCUAAUAUGCUACUUCACAAUGAACUCCCAAACCAAACUAACCAUUUGAGAGAUGUGAGUAGAGUUUCACACUGAUGUUUAUAGUAGUUGCACCACUCUUGUCAUAUAUUAUUGGUCAAAUAAAUAGAAAUGCAUGUUCGUAAGGGUAUGCAAUAAAUGAUGCUGUUGUUCUACACAAACAGGAAAAGUUUGUAUAGUUUUUUUUUUAACCUUAGUGUUCCUCAACUCCCCCCAAAAUUAUAUCCAAUGUUAAGAAAACUAACUUGGCUGCUUUUAAAAAAAAAGCCAGAGCAAACGUAUUUAGGGGAAAAAAGGCUUGUUUAAUUAUAACAGUAUAUAAAAUCAGGCCAUCUGAAAAUAAAUACAGAACAGCUUGUUCUUACUCCCCAGCACCAGUAUUUCAGGAAUCAAAAGUUAAGCUGCUGGUUAUGGUUUUAUUUUUGCUUUAGCGAUCAAACCUUCAUAGUCAUUUUUAAU